GCGACCUUCCGAGUCCCGCAGCGCGGGCCGCCGGUCGCGGCGCCUUUAAGCGUCGCCGUGACACGUGUGUGAGGCGGCCGAGGCCCGGAUGGUGCGCGUGCGGGGCCCGGGCCGAGCAGACGCCAGCGCCGCGGGCCUGCAGCCGGGCCCGCCGAGGGCCGGGUAGGCUGGGGCCGGGUGUCGGCGGCGCGCAGGCCGACGGGGGACUGCGCGUCCGGCCGGGUGAAGGACUUCGGCUGGGCCGGGGGCGCGGGAAGAUUCUGACGCCCCUUCGGGUCGACAGACUUGCAGCUUUGGUGAUUUCAUGGGGCGCAGCCAAGGAGCUCAUGAACCGGAGAGUCCUGCCCUGCGUCUGCCCAGUCUGGCCGGAACCUGACCCCAUGCUGCAGCCCCAACACGCCCGAGGUCAGCCGUCCCAGUGAUGCACCAUGCCCAUAGUCGAUAAGCUGAAGGAAGCCCUGAAACCCGGCCGCAAGGACUCGGCCGACGAUGGGGACCUGGGGAAGCUUCUGGCCUCCUCUGCCAAGAAAGUCCUUUUACAGAAGAUCGAGUUCGAGCCAGCCAGCAAGAGUUUCUCCUAUCAGCUGGAGUCCUUAAAGAGCAAAUAUGUCUUGCUGAACCCUAAAACAGAGGGAGCGAGUCGCCACAGGAGUGCAGACGAGCCACAGGCCAGGAGACAGGGCAGCGAGCAUGCGUACGAGAGCGGUGGUGAUGGCGUCCCCGCCCCGCAGAAGGUGCUCUUCCCCACGGAGCGGCUGUCGCUGAAGUGGGAGCGGGUUUACCGCGUGGGAGCGGGGCUUCACAACCUCGGCAACACCUGCUUCCUGAACUCGACCCUCCAGUGCUUGACCUAUACCCCGCCUCUGGCCAGCUACCUGCUCUCCAAGGAACAUACUCGCAACUGUCACCAAGGCAGCUUCUGUAUGCUGUGCCUCAUGCAGAACCACAUGGUCCAGGCCUUCGCCAACAGCGGCAACGCCAUCAAGCCCGUCUCCUUCAUCCGAGACCUGAAAAAAAUUGCUCGGCACUUCCGCUUUGGGAACCAAGAGGAUGCACAUGAGUUUCUCCGGUAUAUCGUGGACGCUAUGCAGAAGGCCUGUUUGAACGGCUGCGCCAAGUUGGAUCGACAAACACAGGCGACUACUUUGGUCCAUCAAAUUUUUGGAGGCUAUCUCAGAUCCCGUGUGAAGUGCUCGGUGUGCAAGAGCGUCUCGGACACAUACGACCCCUACCUGGACGUCGCACUGGAGAUCCGGCAAGCCGCUAACAUCGUGCGUGCUCUGGAACUCUUCGUGAAGCCAGAUGUCCUGAGUGGAGAGAAUGCCUAUAUGUGCGCCAAGUGCAAGAAGAAGGUCCCAGCCAGCAAGUGCUUCACCAUCCACAGGACGUCCAACGUCUUAACCCUCUCGCUCAAGCGCUUCGCCAACUUCAGUGGGGGGAAGAUCACGAAGGAUGUGGGCUACCCGGAGUUCCUGAACAUCCGUCCCUAUAUGUCCCAGAGCAGUGGGGAGCCUGUCAUGUACGGGCUGUACGCGGUCCUGGUCCACUCAGGCUACAGCUGCCACGCCGGCCACUACUACUGCUACGUGAAGGCAAGCAACGGACAGUGGUACCAGAUGAACGAUUCCUUGGUGCAUUCCAGCAACAUCAAGGUGGUUCUGAACCAGCAGGCCUAUGUGCUCUUCUAUCUGCGAAUUCCAGGCUCGAAGAAGAGUCCUGAUGGCUCCCUCCCCAGGACUGUCUCCUCCGUCCCCAGCCGUCCAACUGUGGUGCCCGACCACUUGAAGAAGAGCGUUGGCAGUGGGAGCGUUGGCUCCCUGCUGACUGGAAAGCGACCGGACUCGCUGCCGACGAAGAAGCCGCCGGCCCCCGAGGAGGUUGGUGUGCCCGUUUCCAGAAACGGCUCCGUGUUGAGUCUGAAGUCUCAGAAUGGAUACGUUCCUCUGAAGCCGUCCGUGGGAGCCCCUUCCCCCCGACUCUCCAAAACACCCCCCCCCACACCAACCUCUCUGGAUGAGGCUGGAAAGAAAGUCAAGAAACCAACUCCCCUGGGGCCCCUCUCCCCGUCACGCAAAGCUUCUCAGGGGUUCCACGGGACCAGCAGCGGGAAUGGCAGCAGGAGCGAGAGCCCCAGGCAGGGCUCCUGGGAUGGCAGGGCUGCCGCCCUCUCUACCUCACCGAGGCUCCCGGCCGGAGGGACUGCCAACGGGCACGGGCCCAAGGCGGGCAGCGAGAGCCGCGAGCUCCACGGGAGGGGCUCCUGCAGCUCCAGCCCAGGCCGCUGUGCCAGCAGCGACCCCACCAAGGGCCCCCAAGCGCCCGAGAGCGGAGCUACUCGCUUGGGGGAUUCUCAGGGAACACAGUCCAGAGCGCUGCCGGACGGAGACGACUCCAAAGUGGUGAAGCCCAAGUCCCCCGUCCUGAGCAGCACUGCCGCCGAGGCCGCAAACAUCAUGUCUCCUCCACCGGCCAAAAAACUGGCCCUUUCUGCCAAGAAGGCCAGCACCCUGCGGAGGGCAGCCGGCAGUGACCUCCGUCCGCCCCUCUCUCCACUGUCCGACCUCACCUACCCCAGGAAAACCUCUCACCCCGUCGCUGCCGCCUCCUGGCCCGUCUGUGCAAUCAGGGCGCUUUCACCUGCUCCCAGACCAUCCAGCCACCUGAAGCUCCCCGUCGGUCCCCACUCCGUGUCACUGUCCAGUAGCCCCAGACCUCUCGGGACGUCAGACCCACAGAGCUGCUCCUCCGCCUCUGCUCCCCCACCUCAGGCCAAUGGGGACUUCCAGGCCCCUCCACACCAGCUGCCAGAGGCCGCCAAGUCCCCCCACGGCCUCUGUAAGAAGAGGAAGAGGAACCGCAGGGGAGAGAGCCAGGGGCAGGGCUCAGAGACGUGCACAGCAGCAACAGCCUCUCCGGGGAAGAGGAAAAGGAGGAAGAGGAAGCGCGCGGAGGCCCUGGAUGCCUCCCCCCUGCAGGAGGGGCAGAUGCGGAGGCAGCCCCAGAGCGUUGAGCGCGGGAAGGAGGCCCGGGCAGAGGUGCCCACUGACAGACUGGAGGACGAGGGCGGACGGCUGCAGGAGAACGGCCGGCAAGUGGGAAGCGUGACCGACGGCCACCCCGUGAGCAGCAAGAAGAGGAGACGGAAGGGCACUGAGGGCCUCGGUGCGGGAGAUGGCCUCCAGCGGGACCCGCCGUGGCACAGGAGCUGCUCUCCCUUGGACGUCAUCGAGCUGGAGGCCGCUGUAGCGUCUCCAAGGAAAAAGAAAAAGAAAAAAAGACAGCAGGAGUCAUGGCAGGAAGUAGAAGAGAAUGAGCAUCCUGAAGUUUGCAGGGGUGAGAGGCAGAGGGACUCUGCUCUCCCUGGUAGCCCGCCCUCCCCACCUCUGAACGGCAGGCGUCCCGGGAAUGGAGCCGGGCAGGCCCAGGCUCCCCUUGCGUCCUGGGGCAGAGAGCCGGAGUCCGACGUGCUCCAGGAGCUGCUCGAGUAUUCAUCCGAUAAAGCUUACGGGAGGAAAGUGUUGACGUGGGGCGGCGAGGUGUCGGCUGUCAGUCAGGAUGCCAUUCGGGACAGCAGAUGGGCCCGCAUAGCCACGGUCGUCGAUGACUGGGACGAAGAGUUCGAUCGAGGGAAGGAAAAGAAAGUGAAAAAGUUCAAAAGAGAGAAGAAAAGAACCUACAACGCCUUCCAGAAACUUCAGAGUAGACGGAACUUUUGGUCUGUGACUCAUCCCGCUAAGGCCACCAGCCUCAGCUACCGCCGCUGACUGGGCUGCUGUCGAGAUCGCCUCUGGAGAUGCGGGGCGCAUCCUGGGCACCGCCCGUGUGAACCGAGGAGCGGCCUCGUUGAGGACCGAGCUGCCCUAUGGCCGCGGAGCCGGGCUUCGUCGGGUCGGGACCUCUGGCAUCGCCGCUGGUGCUGCGACGACCCCACGGUGACGUGUGGAGCAGGCGGCGGCCCACCGGCCAGGAGCCUGGACCGCCUCGCGUGUGGUCUCCGGGCGGGAGCAGCGGGCGGCGGCCGUGCUCUUCCCCACGUGUCGUCGAGCGAGCAGGUGCCUGCGGGGUGACGGCACACGCCGGGCUCCUCUCGGCGGCUGCCCGUCCCCCGCUGCCGACGGCCGGCGCUGCCGUCUCUGCCUUAGCUGUGCCCUCAGCACGGAAGCCCCAGGGCGCCGCCGGCGCGUCCCUCCCUUGCCAGGACCGAGACCGUCUCUGGAGAGCGCAGGCUCUCUCGGGGCGCGGGGUGACGGCGGGCGCGCCUGCCUUUCCCGCGGCUGCCGGGGCUGAGACAGCUUCGCCAUCCCUUCCUUGCAGCUGCCGCGGCCCACGGGGCUUUCGAGGUGGUGGUCUUGGGGUAGAAUCCUUUUAUUUUACUACUCAACAGAGACUUUUGUUGUGACGCGGUCUGUGGCUUCUAUCAGCAAUACGUCCCCUUUCCCUGAGCUGCGACACCGGCUUGCUUUGCUCUGUUUUGUGAGCGCGCCCGAGUCUGGCUGAUUGUACCCUCGCGGUCGCUCUUCUCUUGCUCAAGCUGUGUGUGCGAACUCGUAAUUCAAUAAAUACAGGAAACCCUCGGUGAAGGUGACGUUUUCCAGAGAACAGACACACACCACCCAGUCGCAGAGGGUAUAGCAGUCAGUCCGAAAGCCGCUCCGCGGACGGACGUCUCCACGUCCUCUGAUCCAGAACGUCGGAAGCAGACACAGACAGACAUCGGACGUGGACGUCCGUCCUCCACAGUGGUUCUUUGGGACCUGAGGCCCCCGAUGGCCUGGCCUGGCCCCCCUGUGUCACCCGAGCCUUGCCUCUUGCUUGGGGCCUGGGGGCAGGGGGAUCAGAGAAAAGUAUCCUUCACAGGGCAGGGGUGGGGACAUACGUCAACUUUCUCAUGUAGGUUCUUCUAGAUUUUUCUUCCUGUUCUUACAUUUCUCUUCGCAAAGGUGGGGAAAGUAGUGGUGCCUGUGGCCCGAGCGGGGGCCCAGCAGGAAGCGAGCAGGGCACUGGCUGCAGAUGCCGGCCUGGAAGGAUGGGUUUCUCCGCAUUGACCGCCCCUCGUUCAAAGAGGAGGGCAUGCCCCCGCCUCCCCACCCCUGUGCCCUGUGGCUCUCUUAUCUGCCACUUCCGAAGGGGAGGCAGGCGCCUUUGUGGGCAGGGCAUUGGUGUUUUCCCUCUUCAGUGUAGACCUGCAUCCCCGUACAGCCCUGUUUCUCGGUGGUGGUCUCCCGUGGGAGGGAGGCCGGCGUGGGCCGCACGAGCCCAUCUCUUCUCGCUCCCUCCUCUUCAGGCUCUUCCCUUCUGCACUGUGUGAUUAUGAAACCUUUUCCUGAGGAAAACAUGCCCGUUGCGUCUUGGGCGGUGCUGAGCACCGGCCUGUGGGCAGCAUUUGCCACUGUCCGUCGGGCGGGCCCUUCCCUCCCACACACGGUCCUUAGCCCUGGGGAGGGAGAGGGUGGGCCCAGAGGAUCAGCCCAAACCCUAGGGCACGUGUAAAUAUGUAAGUGUAUAUAAAUAACUAAAGCUUUUAUAAUAGCGGUCACGUGGGUGACUUAGAAUGUGGGUUAACUUAACUUUGGGGGGGUCGCCUCUCCUGGGGGUCCCAUGUGGCCUCACUCACCUGCCUUUUCCUGGUGGGCUCAGUCUGCCACACCCCCGCGCGCUGCACCCCUGCUCCAGGCACCGAGGCGCCUCCGAUGUUGCCAAGAUCCUGGUGCAAUAAAAGGAGAUUUUGUGA